AAGUUUGGCUGCCAACCAAUCAUCUGGAAAGUGCAAUGCUUGGUGAUGACGGAUGAUUUUGCUUUUGGAAAACCAUACCGUUUAUGGCAUUGAAUUUGAAGGAGAAAAAGAGGUCGGUCGUUGUUUGCGAUCAUACUAGAUUGCAUCUCCUUGCUUUUAAGUCUGGUUGGGGAUACUUUUGAAAGCUUUUUCUCUGGAUUUGUAUUGUUGGGGUACUUUCAGUUUGGAGCAAAAGUAGUGGAAGAAGGCAUUAUAACAUGGGAGACGAUGUUGUCGAUUUGAUUGUGUUGGGAGUGAUCUCAUGGACGACAGUUUUUGUAUUAAUUAGGAAAAUCUUCUCCAAACGCUCCUUUGAAUUCUGCAACCGCAUCGUUUCUACAAUCCAUGCAAUUUUAGCCGUAAUAUUAGCCUCGCUCACUGUUGAAGAUUGGAGCUGCCCCGUUUGUCCUUCGGCUUCAAACUCUCCUCCUAAGCAGCAGAGGCAAACUUUGGCUGUGACCAUCGCUUAUCUUAUCUAUGACCUGAUAUGCUGCCUCUUUGGCGAGAGAGUCAGUCUUGACAACACAGUUCACCACUUGGUCAGCAUCGUUGGUCUUGGAGCUGGUCUUGUUUAUCAAAAGUGUGGAUCAGAGCAGGUUGCUGCGUUAUUCAUAACAGAGAUCUCAAGUCCUUUCCUCCACGCCAGGGAGCUGCUUAAAGAACUCGGUUACAGGGACACUGACCUCAAUUUAGCAGCCGAUAUCACAUUUGCUGUAAUAUUCUCAACGGCAAGGAUGGUGGGUGGACCCUAUCUCACUUUCGUGACUCUAACAGCUAAUAAUCCGAUACUUAUCAAGGCAAUGGCCCUGGGACUGCAGUUUGUCAGUGCUUUCUGGUUCUACAAGAUUGUAAAGAUGGUGAAAUACAAGCUUACUAAUAAUAGAAGGAAGAAGGUGAUUUCUAGUCCCCUGCAUAGGGAAAAUUGGACUAAGCCUGUACUACUCCCUAGUUUUACCAAGAUGGAUUGAUAGACGAUUGUGUUGAAUAUUAU